UGAAAUCUUUUUUGCUUAAUUUCUAGAUGGAUGGUCGGACUCUGGAUGGUAAAGUGGAAAGCACAACAGGUGGUGUCGCACGCAACGUGGCUGACUGCUUGGCAAGGCUGAAACUUAAUCCAUUUCUAAUAUCGACUGCAGGAGCAGGAGAAUAUGCGCAGUUGCUCUUGGGAAAAAUGGCACACAUGGAUGUAAGCGGAAUAAAGAUAAUACAAGAUGCAAGGACUGCAACAUGUGUAAUUAUUCUUGAUAGUAAAGGAGAAUGUCUCUUUGUAGUUGGUGACAUGAAUAUCCACGAACGUCUUUCGCUUGAACAGGUGGAUACGCAUAAUGAAAUCAUAUCUAGUGCACCUUUAGUUAUCAUUGAUGGCAAUAUACCAAAAAAGACUAUGGAUCACAUCUUUGAAAUAUGCAUAAGGUACAGAGUUCCUGGAGAUGGCAGAAAUUUCUGUGUGUCAUGAAUUGGAAGCCAUCUAUCCAUGAUGAAUUGUAAGUCCAUAACCCUUGGAGGAUUAAUAAAAUUACAAAUGAAUUUAUUUCAUAUAGAACUGUGUAUAUAAAAUACUUAGCUUAAAAUUAUUCCUAAACUUUUUUUCAUCAUAGAAAAAAAAAAAAAAAAUAAGAAAGAAAACAAUAGUACAUGAAAUUAAUGAAUGUUGCCAACCAUGUGGAAUCUUUAAUGCAAAUUUAAAUAGCAUAUUAUUUACCAUGCCAUAAUGAACAACAUAACAUAAUAAUUUCUAAUUUUAAAAAAUGUCAUAAUAAUUUAAAGUAACCAGGUAAAAUGUGGUAUCAAUUUGUGAUUUACCAGUUUGUAGUGUGUUCUUAAUGAUACAGUCAAGUAUUACAAAGAUGAUUCCUGGCCUAUAGUUCCAGAUAUUUUCAAACUUCUAUAGGGAUGAUUGCCUUAGAGAAGUAUAUUUCAAGAUUAAUAUUUAUUUAUAUUUUAAGUAAUACUGGUCACUUUCAGAACUGAUCUCCAUGACUGUUUCACUGUACAAAGUGCAUCCAUACAGUGACCAGAAAAAUUAAAUGACCAAAUGAUAAAAUAAAAAAAAAGGGAAAGAAUAAAUAUAUGUUUAGAAAGAAUGACAUCUCAACUCUCAUUAAAACAAGUAUAAUGGGAACUUACUGCUAAUUAUUUAAUAAACUAACUAUACAAGGCGACCUGAAAGAAUUAGAAAUUUUGGAAUGGAGAUUAAUGGAAGAGAGUAAAUACAUUAAAAUCAUAUAUUUGUGUUUAUUAAUAGUGCUGAGUAUGCAAAUGAUGAAUUUCAAUCCAGUAAUGGGGUGUAUGAUCAUAGUCAUUCUAUACUGAAAUGACAACAAAACUCUCUACACAUGAUCUCUCACACAACCAUUCUUGUAAUAAGCUUUGACCAUAAAUGCACAAUGGACACCAUUCCACUGCUUUGUCAUUACUAAAUGGCAAGAUGUUGCCGGCAGUAUAACCAUUCAACACUACCUAUCUCGCUCAACAUUACCCUGUUAAAGGCUACUGUAACACAUUCUAAAAUGUCCCAUUUCUUUCAGUUAUG